UUUCUGACAGUCAAACUUGUGUAAAAUACAUUUGCAAACCCUUAUUUUGAAAGAUUUUCGUACCCGGAAGAAGUGUUGUUUACAUGUCCUACUACAGGCGUUAACGCUACAGAAGUGAAAUGAUUUUUACUAGUUGUAGAGGAUAAUUUGCUAUCUGAGAUUAAGUUGUUGCCUCUGUUCAACAUUAAACUGAAGUUACAUCGUUAAUUUGUCAAUCUGUGCCAAUGGCGUCAACGAAUGAUCCGUUUGAAUUUCGGGAAUUUGAAGAGGCUGGUAAUCUGCUGGAAGCCAACAGAGAUGCAACCACCAUAAGCAUUGAAGAAGACGUCAAGCCCCAGAAGCAAAGAAAUGCUGAAGAGUUCUCUCCAGAUAGUUAUGAUGAGGGCACAUCUGGCACCGAUGACAAGGAAGAGCUUCUCUCUGGACAAAAGAAGGCUGCCCCUUUUUGGACGUUUGAGUACUACCAAAAGUUUUUUGACGUCGAGACCAGCCAUGUGGUUGAAAGAAUCAUUGGAUCGAUGCUGCCAUGGCCCGGAAAAAACUUCAUUCGUGUCUACCUUCGAAGAAACCCAGAUCUUUAUGGUCCAUUUUGGAUUUGCACCACUCUUGUGUUUGCCAUUGCCAUCAGCGGAAACCUGUCCAGCUUUUUGUCAAAUCAUGGCGAUCCGAAAUAUAAAUACAGGCCAGAGUUUGGGAAAGUGACCAUCGCUGCCACGACAGUCUUCAGCUAUGCUUUGUUAGUGCCUCUUGCCCUCUGGGGUUUCCUGCUAUGGAGAAACAACAAGACAAUGAACUUGGUGUCAUACUCCUUUAUGGAGAUCGCCUGUGUGUACGGAUAUUCUCUUUCCAUUUACAUACCUGCAGCGGUCCUUUGGAUUCUCCCGUUUGAAUGGCUGAAGUGGUGCACCAUCAUAGUGGCCCUCUGCCUCUCGGGCUCAGUUCUGAUGUUGACCUUCUGGCCUGCAGUCAGGGACGACCACCCCAAAAUCAUCAUCGCAACCAUGGCUGCCAUCGUAGUGCUCAACACCCUGCUGGCCAUUGGUUGCAAGACCUACUUCUUCAGCGCACCAGAUGUCACACAGACUGUUAACACUUCUGUUGCGGGAGCCACAACCAAGCUGCAAUCUUUGACAUGAAAGCGUUGCUUUGUCUGAAGGGUCUCCUGUUGCCUUAUCAGAGAGAGUCGGGUUGCUGUGGUGGUGAAGUCAUGGGGCGUCUGGAUUUCACGCACACGCUGACAUUCUGCCCUAACACCUUAAAACCCAGUGUCUGUGCUUGGUUCAUUUGCGUGACCUUUGAAAAUGAACACUGGUACCGAGUAUGUUAUUUCUAAUGGGAUGGGUUCUAAACUUCCUUAAAGAUAAAUGGGAUAUGGUAUUACACGGCACACAAGAUCUCUUGCAGUAUGAUAGUUUUACGCUUUAUGGCUCUAAUGUUUAAAUAUAAAGAAAAAAAUAGUUUGUGCAUUAAUGGCAGCGGGAUCACAUUUUCUAUAAGCAUUUUUUUUUUAUACAUAUAUACAAAGUUUUUCGUGGGUGAAGAAUUUUAGCUGUUGGUAUUAUAUUCCAGGAAUAGAUUUAUUUAAUACAGCUAUUGUAUUUUCCUCUGAUAUGAUAAGUGCCCUCGCCUAAUGCCAAAGAGCCAUCUUAGAAGGAUCGUUUGUCUAUUUUCUUAUUAUUAAUUUGUUUUUAUUAUGACAAAUUGCAGUUGGUAAAUUUUAUGAAACUGAAUAAAUUCCUUGUCAGCGAGUGUUAUGUGGAGAGAAAAAUAAAAGCCGGUUGUUGUCAACUGCACCUUUAUUAGUGAGAUUAUUUAGUAAUGUAUGUUGUUUAAGACGCUGAUCAAAUUACGCAGUCGGUUUUCAAGCACAAACUAGUGACUGCAGCCGUUAAAUCUCUCUGUAUAUGUAAAUAUGAACAGAAAUUUACUAAAAUUCAUUCAAUCUGGAACCUGUGUUUAUCAUUUAGUAGAAAAAAAAGAAUAUGUCUGCUUAACAAGUCCUAAUAAAUAUGACUCCUGAUAUUUGUGUAAAAUAAACACUUACGUUGAUCACUUUUA